AUGGAUAUGCUAAAUCCUCAAUUCGAAGAGAUAGGCAAAGAGUUUGUGAACCACUACUUUCAGUUAUUCAACACGGGAAGGAAUGAAUUGGCUGCACUUUACAAAGACAUCAGUAUGAUGAGCUUCGAAAAUGACCAGUGCAGAGGGACAAGUCAGAUAAUCGAGCGACUGAAUAAACUACCACCCACCGUUGUCCACAAAUGUCUAAGUCUAGAUAUUCAGCCGACGCCCAAUAACGGAAUUUUAAUUUUAGUAUGUGGAGACAUCAUCAUUGAGGAGAAUAAGCCAAUCAAAUUUGUUAGGACCUUCCACCUGUUCCCCUUGCCCAGUGGAGGAUACUUCAUUUUUAACGAUUUAUUCAGAUUUUGUAUAGGUUAA